UAUACCAUUGAAUUACUUACAUAUAGUUUAUUACUUUUUAUUUAAAAAAAAAACAACGCUUUGUUUGAUUAGUAUUAUUACGUUUACUAAGCGUUUGACUAAACUAUUUAAAUAAAAGCCAUUUUUUUUGAAAUAAUAAUUAUAAUUAAGUUUGUCUUUAAAAAAAAUAAUAAUAUUCAAAACAAACCAAUUAUUGUUAACCAAUUAUCUUCCAUACAAUGUCUUCGACCGAUGACAACACUACACCUGACCUGAAAGGUGGUCACCCGCCCGCAGUAAAAGCCGGUGGUAUGAGAAUAACUCAGCACAAGACUCAACACAACGAGAAACCGCCGACAGCUGAGGCCAAAAAAGAGACAGACAUUGCUGACGACAACGAAGACGAAUUACUACCCGAAGUGGAUCUACAGCCAAAGCCAUCGCCGCUGGUUAUAUCCGGCGCAGUUGCACGGGGCGACGGCGACUUUCCGACGGCAUCUGUUAAGGCAUUCCACGAGAAGACUCCGCAGCCGACCAAUGACUUUCGGGCCACUAAUUCAAAGCCUAAUAUUAUCCAUCAGCCAAGGAAAUGAACCAUUCAAUCAAUUGUCAGUUUCCCCCCCUCUCUCUCUCUCUUUAUAUAUAUAUAUUAAGACAGUUAUUGUUUUUUAAAAAUUGUGUGAAGAUAUUGAAGAAGAAGUUGAAAGUCACUCGUUAUAUCUAAAUCUAUAUAUCAUAUAUGAUAUACAAAAACCCUAUUUUUGAUUUUGAAUUUGUUUUUUUGUUGUUGAAAAAUUGAUUGAUUAAACUGAUUGAUUGUUACCACACAUGUUUGAGAGAUAGUAAUAUAAAAAUUUGUAAUCAGAAAAGUCAAAUAAUAGUUAUAUAUAUUUUUUAUCUAUUAUAUUGAAAACAAUAAUUAUUAUUGAAUAUAUAUAUAUAUAUUAUAAACACUUUUUUAAAAUUGCAAAAUAAAUAAUUAU